GGAUUUCCGAAUGUGGUUGGAUGCAUUGAUGGCACACAUAUUCCCAUCAUUGCACCUUCCGAAAAUGAAGCGGACUAUGUCAACAGGAGGUCCAUCCACAGUAUUAAUGUGCAGAUCAUAUGUGAUGCUGCACAUCUCAUUACAAAUGUGGAGGCCAAGUGGCCCGGUUCUGUUCAUGACUCACGAAUGUAUCGUGAGUCAACGCUGAGCAACAGACUGGAAACUGGAGAGAUUGAUGGCUUUCUGCUGGGAGAUAGGGGUUACCCAUGCCGACCAACACUAAUUACCCCUUACCCAGAACCUGAACCAGGCCCCCAGCGCCGCUUUAAUGUGGCACACUGCAGGACGAGAGCCCGGGUGGAGAUGACCAUAGGCCUGUUGAAAGCACGUUUCCAGUGCCUACGUCACCUCAGGGUAACCCCUGAAAGGGCCUGCGACAUUAUUGUGGCAUGUGUUGUUCUCCAUAAUAUUGCCAUAAUUAGAGGGGAGCAACACCCUGCCCUACAAAUACAAGACCCAGAGGAAGACCCCAUCAACCCGGCAGAUUUCCAGGAGGGAAGGGUAGUCCGGGAUAUGAUAUGCCGAAAUGUCUUCACAGAUUAAUACACAUUAUAUCCACCACCACAACCAACCAACCACAAAAUAAAAUAAAAAUGAAUAAACACAAAAUCAC